GGAAAAUCGGUUGAUUGUGUUCUAGCGAUUGAGACGAAGCAGCAGCGAGCUUCUACUCUAUCCUUCGGAUUAGUCUCACUCACCUCUACGAGCGCCCAGCUUUCGCUACCUCCCUGAUCAACGUUUCCGCGCGCACGCGACAUCUCCGUCGCUCAUCGCGAUCCUCUCCGCAGGCAUCUGUUUGUCGAUCUACUCAGCAUCUCGAGUUUCGCAUCGCGCAUCCGAUUCGAAUCUUUUGUUGUCGAACUAGGACCACCAUUCCCUCAGACACAUCAAAUCACAUACAGAUCCUGCAUCAGUGAGAUAAAAAUGCCAACCAUGUGGCUGUCCGACAAUCAGAAGAUAGGAGUCAUCUUCUGCUCCGCCGGAGCACUAUUCCUCUUCGGCGGAGUCCUAAUGUUCUUCGAUCGCUCACUACUCGCCAUGGGCAACAUCCUCUUCCUCAUCGGCCUCACCCUAAUCAUCGGUGUCGAAAAGACCUUCGCCUUCUUCUCCCGCCGCCAGAAACUUAAGGGCACCGCCGCCUUCGUCGCCGGCAUCCUGCUCAUCCUCCUCCGCUGGCCGCUCACGGGCUUCAUCAUCGAGCUGUACGGGCUGUUUAUUCUCUUCGGCGACUUCCUGGUGACCAUCGGCCAGUUCGCGGGGAACAUCCCCGUCGUGGGGCCGUACAUCAAGACGGCGUUGGAGGCGCUGGCCGGCGGCCGGCGGAACGCCGAGUUGCCGGUAUAAAGCAUACUCUCUUUUCGCUCUCUUGGCCUUUUCGUGAUAGGCCCAUGAAGCGAGACUUCCACCGUCGUCACAAAGCCUAAUCAAUAGGUGUUAAGC